AUGGAGAACAUGAAGAAUCAUUCAGACAGAUUCAAACAUCUCAAGAAGAUCACUCAAAUCCUCCUCCCACUCUCUGUUUUUUCACUCUUCCUCUCUCACUCCUCUCUCACUCCUCUCUUUCUUCACUCCUAUGAUCAUCUUGUCUCACACUUGAACAACUUCAACUUCAAGCUCUUCACUUACACAACUGAGAGAAACUGCAUCUUCCUCCUCUGCAAUGGGAUUCUUGUUUUCAUCAUACAAUCAUCCGGGCUCAUCAGCAAGAUCACACCCGUCGAUUCGGGCCCAAAAACCGUCCAUCAUCGGCCCGAGAAAGAUGGACUUGAAGAGAGCAAGAUAAAUGGUGUUGGGAAAGUAGAAAUUCUUGAAGAAAAAGUUAGUUUUUCUGCAGAGGAAGUUGAAGAAGAUUUGCAGAAUUUCGAAGUCAAAAAAUGGGAUGAACAUGAACAUGACGAAGAAGAUGAUGAAGGGAUUGAUACAGAAGAAUUGAAGAAGAAAUGUGAAGAUUUUAUCAAGAAAGUGAAGAUGGAAAUUCAGGGUGCAUGA